GGGUCAUCAACGUCAUCCAUCCAUCCAACACACACACAGACAGACAGAGCGUCCACACACACACGAAUGCCCCUCAAGCAUCACAGCAAUGGGCCGUCCACAUCGUGAUCCAGCCCCAAUCGACGUGUGUGGACGGACACGCAAAGAAAAAUCUCGUCGAUCGUCCGUCGCAUUCAUCAAAUGUCCGCAGGGUAAUCGGACAGUCGACCGAUCGACCACGUGCACUAGCCCACCUCAUCAGCCCAAGCCGCACGAAAACCCAGCCAAGACACCGACGGCCUCUCCAGAGAAAUAAAUGAGUCAGUCACGAAGAGGGGCCAAGCGUCGCAUCUUCGAGACCAUACCGCCUCAGCAGCUGCCGCACGGCCGGCGUGGUGAUGGGGAACCGCUCGUCGAAACCCCACCCAUCCACCGCCUCCACCUCGGUCGUCUUUACCGCAACGCGCCCGCCAUCGCUGCCGUCGCCAUCGAGGUGUACAAAGGCCACCACAGACCCACCCCCCAGCAUUAAGACCACCAUGCGGCCCCCCCUCGAACAUUCCUGUUGCCAAUCGAUGACGAUGCAGGCUGCUUGAAGUUCGUCUGAUUCAGUGGCCAAGGAGGACUCCUGCAGCAGAGACAGAUACCCGGCAUGGUACGAACCCACAUCGGCAGAGAUCACCGUCCUCAGGCCGGUGGCUUCCACUUGCAACAAGGUGGCGAUUGCAAAUGAGCUGAAAGAGGGAUAGACAUUAUUACCACCGAUGCGCCGGCCGCAGAUGACGGGCGGAUCGCCCUCAUGAUACAUGUGGCUCCCAAACCACUCGUCCCUUUCGCCAAUGCGGAACCGCUUACUGCCCCCGAUGCGGAACCAUCGCACCCGCCUCAACCUUACAAGCGGCACGUGCGAUACGACACAACCGAACACAAACGCGAAAACAGAGGCCGCCAUGAUGAAGCCGCCGUCCAGAAUGAAACUGAUAACGAUGAAGCAAUACCAAUGCUCAACCACAUCUACAAGAUCGUCAUAGCUCGGAGGCGGAGCAGUGGCAUCCCACCAAAAGAGCAGGAUUCGCACGGCCAUCCACCCGCAGGCCACCACAUAGACGGCGGAAACGGCUAAGGUCAGGAGAAAACUCAGGAGAAAAUUCAGCGGCCAGGACGGCGCGACAAUCAUAAAAGUCCACCCCUUCUUGCCCUCCGUCAGCUGGAGGCCCUCAUCCGAGCUGCCCGGGUGGGAGUCGUCACUGUGGAGCUGACCCCCGAGCGUCUUGUAGACGGCCAUGGCAGCCGGCAGCCGCUGGAAGCUGGCCUUGUCGGGCACAUGAGCCGCCACACUCUCAGCCGAUAGCACCAGGGGCAGCUCGCCAGCAAAACCGCAGACACGCGCCAGCUUGAUAAAUGUGACCAUCGUGGGCCACUGAGCCGCCUGCUCGAUGACGUAGGCGCAGCGAGCGAGAUACCCAAGCCGCGAGAGGGAUGGCGGCAGUGGAGGGGCCGAGGGGUCGAUGCCGCGGUUCCUCUCGACGUCGAUGAGGCCGGUGAGCUGCUGCUGGGCGAGGGAGCUGUCGAUGCGCCAUAGGAAGGCCUCGUCAAUCAGCUGAGAGCUGUAUGCCUUGCCGACCGCCCGGGCCCUCACAGUCUCGUCCACAGGCAGCAAAGAGGCGAACACACGGCCCAGGACAUCCGGCAGAAGGUCUUGACCGUCGCCAGCCCCAUCAGCGAUGACGAUCUCGAGGUGCUGCUGAGUGUCGGAAUCGCUGACGUCACCAUCAGCAGUGGCUCCUGAUAGCAGCGGCCAACUGUCGGCGACUCUCCGAUAAUCAGCGGAGCGGCGUGUCCACGGCAGCCAGGCCAUCCACCAGCCACCACUGCAGCCACCACUGCAGCCACACAGAUGCCACACAGAUCAGCGUGGGGUCAUGAGUGUUUUAAGUCGGUGUGUCUGGAAGUACUUGAGAGCUCGAUGGUCAGCGGACAGCGGCUCCAG